GUAGCUAGCUUAGCUAACAGGCGAGCGGUGCAUCCUCGCGAGGCGCAGCACCUUGUUUGUAACUUUCUGCCGCGCGCUUCUUCAUUCACUCUUGCGAGCGGAACGUGCGGCGCCGGCGAGCCUCGGUUCACGCGCAAACCGAAUACUGCGCAUCAUUUUAACGAAUAAAUCAAUUAUACAUAUGACAGGAGGGCAAUACCGACGAAUCAUGCCAUUAUACAUUAUUGAGCAAACUACUGUAAUAUGCUGGUAACAAAGCAGCCUUGUAUUGUACAUUAGUUCAUAUGACUUGGCUUAUAUUCCCCAUAUAGCCACCACUACCUAUUAGCUUAAGUGGGUCAUAAGUAUUAUAACGAGUAGUUCGGACGGAAGCUGACAUACGGAAAUAGUUGGCUAGCUGGUUUACUGAUAGAUGAACUAACUCCUGCUGUACUGGGAGCAUCUGAAGAGCCGCUAUAGCCAUUAUCUUCUGAGUUUCACUAGUUAGAGGCGGGUUCCCGGAGUCUUCAUUUGAUUUUGGAACAUAAUGGGUACCACGUGUGACAAGCUAUUGCUGACUGUGUCAAGAUAAGAAUCUGUCAGGCCAGACUCUGGUAUAACUAAUAGUCAAGCCUCGACUUUCUCGCGGGGGACUCGCGGAAUUUCUCAUGGCCGUUUGUGAAGUUUUUGGCGGCGGUUUUUGGCGUUAUAUAUUGGGGCUCCGGUGAUGUGCAGCAGGAAGCCAAAAGGAUUUUUGAAAAUUACUUUUCCGGCCAGUUUUCCCCUCUUGUUGUCCGCAAGGUCAAAAUCAAUUGCUUAAUUUUUUGGGUCUUUUUUUCUGAGGCUUCCGAAUUGCAUUUGAGACAAUUAUUGCUUCUGUUCUCUGUGAGCCAUGCCCACUCACCCACUGAUAUCGUACAUAGAGAGUCCCGACGGACUGGGACAGGACCUUCUAAACGAUGCCAACGCCAACAUGCCCGGCAUGGGCUCCAGCAUGACGCCGCACGGCACCGUUGCCGAGAAGCCCGCCGACGGCAGCCAGACGGCCGACUGCAUGUUCUGCGACCGGACAUUCCAGCACCAGGAUGAGCUGAGUCCGCAUGUGCUCACCCAGCAUCCCACCACGUUGUUUGGGCCAGCCGUGCUGCGCGUGGAGGCGGAGUUCUUGAGCCCCAGCGAGCGGAUCCGACCUCCGGCGGCGGAGGCGGACGACGACCUCAGCUGCGUGGUGUGCGGCCAGUCCGUGCAGGACGCCAGCGAACUUGAGGCCCACAUGAGGAAGCACAGGGACUCCUUCACCUAUAGCUGUGGCCUAUGUGGCAGGCGGUUCCGGGAACCCUGGUUCCUCAAGAACCACAUGAGGACUCACGGUGGCAAGGCUGGCGCCAGGAACAAGGUGCAGCAGGACCUGGAGAGCCCUGCCACCAUCAACCACGUGGUGGUGGACCAGGCAGCCGUGCCAACCGUCAGCUCCCCGUAUCGCAUGUGCAUGGUCUGCGGCUUCUUCUUCCCCAAUAAGGACGUCCUGGCAGAGCACAGCAAGGUGCACAACCGAGACUCAGACCCCAACGAAGACGAGGGCGCGUGCAAGGAGCCUUGCAUUUCGCAGGAGGCCUCGCUCUCCCAGCAGUCCUUCCUGAAGCUCCUGGGGCUCCGUCCGCCGCCGGUGUCAAACACGAGGGCCCGUUCGGAGAGGCCCGCCAGGUGGAUCGCCGAGCUGGACCCCUUUAACACCUACCAGGCCUGGCAACUGGCCACGAAGGGCAAGAUCGCCGUGGGGCCGGGGUUGGCCAAGGAUCUGGGUCCCGAUGCCGGCUCCGACGUCGAGGAUUCCGGCUCGGACAAGGAGGAGCUGGGAGAGAUCUGGUCCGGGGGCCGUAGCAGCAAGUCCAAGGACGGCUUCAAGCGCGAGCUGAGGUCGAAGCGCUUCGGUGGGGGGACCCCGUCGCCAGAGCCAGACCCCAAGUCGUUGGCCAAAGAGAAGCCGACCCGGUGUAAAGACUGUGGCAAGACAUUUCGAACCUACCACCAGCUGGUUUUGCACUCCAGGGUGCACAAGAAAGACAGGGGCGGUGCCGAGAGCCCCACCACGUCUGUGGAUGGCAAGCAGGGCGCUCAGCUGGACCGUGCCGAGGAGGCCUCGGAGGACGGCUCGGAGGAGGGAGGGCCAGCUGACGCCUGUCAGUCAGAUAAAAGUGAAGAUGGCUUUGACCCAUCAAAGCUGAAGAUUCUCGCACCCUUAAAGGAAUGCAGUUACUGUGGAAAGUCUUUCCGUUCCAAUUAUUACCUCAAUAUUCACCUCAGGACGCAUACAGGUGAGAAACCUUACAAAUGUGAACACUGCGAUUACGCCGCGGCUCAGAAAACCUCCCUGCGAUAUCACCAAGACCGACGCCACAAGGACGUGCCCGAAACGGGGCCGUCUGUCAAAUCCGUGUCGCCGUCUCCCACUCCCGAGGACUCCAAGGAAAAGGUGUGCUCCACGUUGGCUGGAAGCACUGAGGGCGCACAGAGGAACAAUGGCGCCCCCUGCCUGGGAGGGGUGAGUGAAGCGGACGAGAAGGGGCCGAGCGACCCGGAGAAGGCGAGUACGGGGGCCGCCAACAGCGCCGCCUGCCGCGCCUCUCCCAAGGAGGAGGAAGCAUCGGGCGUCGACCAGGAAUGCGUAGAGUCGCCCUUAAACCUGUCCGUCAAGAUGUCGCUUUCCGUCGCCAUGGUGACGUUGCCGAGGAGCUCAUUGGUCACCAGUGCCUGUCCCCUUUGCACCUUUAAGACCCUCUACCCAGAAGUCUUGCUGAUGCACAAGGCACUCAGUCAUAAGGAGAAUGGGGAUGCGGCCAAGAAGAGGCGCCCCCGCUUGUCAUUGGCAGCCAUCAAGCUGAGGCGCCACACAGGCUGUCCCCCCGCCCUGGAGGGCAAAGACGUCGCCCCGCUGCAGUCCCCCUACAGCAGGCACCCCCGCCGGACUAAAUCCCCUCCCCCUCAGUCCGGCAAGCCCGCCGAGAAGCCGCCGCCCCCCCCCAGCCAGCAUCCGCUGCCCUCCCAGGCCAUCAGGCCCUCGCUGUCGGCGGAGCCCCGCCGUCCCACCCAGCCCAAUCCGCAUCUUGGGGCCCGGCCAGAGAUCACCAGGUUACCGGAGCGGCACCCGGAACCGAAUGGCAACUACCGACGGGACGGCGUCGCCGUGGGCGCCAGGCCGAGCCCCCCGGAUCACAACGGGCCUGGACAGAAGGCCCGGCAAGCCCGGAACAGCGCCGUCUGGCCCGCGGACACCAUGCGCUCGUGCUUGUCCGCUCGCUUCGGCAGCCUCUCGCAGAUGGACUUCGGGGAGCCGCACACCAAGAGGCGGAAGUUUUCCGGCACCACGGUGCGGGAUCCGGAAGCCGGCGAGGCCUGGCAGGGUGACAUCCAUGGCCGACUGCUGCCCCCAGGGAAGAAUAGUAACAUCAGAGCCCCAGCGCCCAGGAGCCCCGCCUCUAAAAUGCCUCAGUCCUUGGCCCCUGCCAAAUCGACCUCCACACCAGCGGGAGACAUGGACUGGAACGUGAUCAACAUCCUGAGGUCGUACAGCCCCAGCGACCUGGCUUCCCUCUACCAUCCUGUCGUGGCCGGGUCCAGCCAUGGGGGUGUCCUCUCCUCCACAGCAGGAAAUAGGCCAUUGCUCUAUCAACAUUACCUGAAUAACGUGCUACAAAGGAGACACAAUUUCAGCACUAUGAGUAAUGCACGCUGUGGACCUACUGAUAAGAAUGCUUAGAACAUCAUUUGUCAGAUGAUGGUUCAAAGGCUGCUAAAGAUCCCAUGCAGCCAAUGUCAUCCAUGCGUCACGACACGAGGACUUCGGCGGAAAGGAAGACGUAACCCACUGACAUAAGCUGUGACCUGUGUGUGUCUGCAAACACUACUCUGAACGGCGUUGGCAAAGCUAACGAGAUGUAUUACAUUGUGUGUGUCUGCAUAUUGCAUUUUCAUGACUUUAGCAUGAGCACAUCAGAUGUAAACUAUAAGGAUGUAUGUGCUUAGAGAACUUUGGGGAAAAUAAAAUUUGAGUGACUAGGGAGUAGAUUUCACUUGUGAAUUUUUUAUUUUUCUUGGUUGCUGCUUGGGGGUUUUGACUUGAGUGCCAGACUACAAGCCACUGACCAUCCCAGCACAUGAGCUUCAUGACCAAGGGUACAGGAUAGGUUGCCCCCCAACUCUCUCAUCUGUUUCUUCAUAUGUUGAAAACAACUUGAAUGGAGUCAAGAAGUAAUAAGAAUGUCAGACGAUGUCAUAACAUCUAAGGCGUUCAUACAAGGACAUUAAGCAACGUCGUGUUCGACAUCACGAUAUAGUAAGAACUUAAAUGGAGGAUGGGUGUGGGGUCUCGGCCUGCAACGAGUAGUCCGACGCUAGCUAGGGGACAUCCGUGUUGAACAAAUCUAUGGGAGAAUCCCGGAAGUUGGUUGCUGCUUUGUUACGCAGUUUGAUUCAUCACACUGCCUGUUGGUGUACUUGGGGUGUACAGAACCACUGAAACACUCAAAUCCACGCAUCAGGAUGCAUAUUGUCUUCAGAGUGCCUGGUCAUUAUAUAUUUUUUUAAUUGACUGAGAUUGAAUGUGUAGGAAACUUAUAGAUUGCAAGAAAUAAUUGUUCUGAUGUGGCUUCACACAUUUGGUGUGGCCGGUUAAACUAGCCUGGGUGCCUUCGCACGACAUCCGGAGGGAAUCUUGGGGCAACGCUGUGCCUUUUUAAACGCUUCCCGGGGUGUCAUUUUUGUUUCAGUGACCUCCUUUUGUCCUUGAAGUAGUAUUUAAUUAACUCUGCCGUCUGCCACCACAAUUAGAUCCUCACCAUCUGAACGGUCAGCUUCGGCCGUUAGUAAUAAACUCAUCAGUGACUGCGAAGCUGCCGGUGAUGCAGAAACCUCUCUCAGGUGGGGUCUGGCUUUAGCUGUGAGAAUAUCAGGUCUGCAAUUGAACAUCGUCAAAAAUCGUGCUUUUAGGGAAUGUUGGUUACACACUUUAUAUAUAAAUAUAAAUAAUGUUUUGAUAUUUGAAUGUUUUUGUUUGGUUGGCAGCAUUUAUACAUCUUGGGUUUAUUUAUUUUGCUUUCUUUUUGUAUUUCUUGAAUGUAAAAACAUUUCUGGACGUGUUCGUCCUUUGGCAUUUAUCAAUUGGUGACCGAGAGACUUUUAUUGCAGGGAACACUGCAGAGGUCACCGAUUGGGUUCUGCGUGUCUAAUUAGGUAAUUUCCUGUGUCAUUCGUUUUUGGAGAGUAUUAACCCUUAAAAUGUAAAGUUAGUUUCCUAUGUUUUUCUGCGUGAGGGUUUUAUAAGAACUAUUGAAUUUUGUCUCCCCCUUUUUUUGCUGGAACUAAACUUGAAACCACUUAUAGCCAUAAAUUCCUGGCUGAAAAGAAUAGUAUUUUUAUUUGUUUAAAUCACUGUAUUCAGAUAGGGGGUUCAUUUAUAAUUUUCUUUAUUUUUUUGCUGUAAUUAUUAGCUUGGAUUAAGAAUAAUUUCAAGUGAACUGUACUGGGUGACAUCCACCUCAUACGUGUGUGUUUAUAUUUGGUCCAGAUUGUGUCACAGGGUAACUUGCAUAAUUCAUUUCUUUUUUCCAAAAUAUAAAAAUGUACCUGUGAAUAAUCGUUCCUGAUCUGAGCCAUAUCUAAUACAUUCUCCAGCCCUGAUUGUUACAUUUUAUUUUGUGUGCAUUUUGUGAAUGUUUUGUCAUCCAAGUGUCUGUGUAGCGCAGCUCUUGUUUCAAGCUCCCUGGACAUUUAAACACUGAGAAAUAGCGGCAGCUGCUAACUCCAACACUGCCCCCAAACACACAUCUCCGAUAGCAAGAUUUAUUCCAGACACAAAAUGGAAGUAAGCAUAACUAAGGCGAUACAAGGGCUUGUUUUGUCCUGUCUAAAUCACACUCUAACACUUAGUUGGAAAUGUUUUAUUGUUCCUUACACAUGCCUUUUAUGUAUAUUGUAGGAAGCAUCCUGAUUUUGCAUGCACUCCUACACAUUUUGAGCAAUUUCUGAACAUGGCAGUAGUAGAAAUAUUCAUUUUUUACAGUUGGAAUAUCUGGAUAUGAGCAUUGCAAUAUAUUUAUUACAAGUCAUACUGUAUGCCUGGAACAAAACUGGUGUAAGCGUACUCUGAGUGCUGUGCUUGAGUUGAACUGUAAUUGCAUUCACUUGUAAAUAUAGAUUUGGAGUUUUGCAGUU